AUGAACGACUUGACUUUUCCUGGAGAACGCCCCAUGCUCGAGGUUCUCAGCGAACAUUCGGGGGAACUCAUGCGAACUGGUAGUCCUAACUUGGUGUGCUCGGUGUUACCGUCACACUGGCGUUCCAACAAAACCCUACCCGUGGCUUUCAAGGUGGUUGCGCUGGCGGACAUCACCGACGGGACUGUUGUGACGAUUCGGGCUGGAAACGACGACAAUUUUUGCGCUGAGCUGCGAAACGCCACCGCUAUUAUGAAGAAUCAAGUAGCGAAGUUCAACGAUCUGAGAUUUGUAGGAAGAAGUGGACGAG